AUGCUGGAUCCGGUGCACAUCUGCGCUAUUGUCAUUCUCUUCCUGGCCGCUAUCGUCUUCCUUUACUUUGCCAGUCAGGGUCAUGACGACGCCAAAUACGAGAAGUUGGCUAAGGAGUCGACAAGGAUUCUGCUAGACAAAAAGGGUGCUGCGAAGGGCAAGGCUGGCAAGAAUAAGAAAGAUCGAAAGAACGAAAAGCGUUCUCCUGAGGCCGCUGGGCGGGCCGUGGACGAGGAAGUCACCGUUAAGGAAGUUCAUACACCGGAAUCGAAGGUCGAGAAGCAAAGUGACAUCUCGGACGAAGGCCUUGAGUCGGCGAACGUUUCAUUGUCUCCAGGAUCCACCACCACUCAGGAAGAUGCCGUGAAGGGCUCGCAGCUGGAACAAGAAGGUGCUAAUGGAAAGAAGAAGCAAGCGAAGAAGGGCAAGGAAUCCGCGAAGGUUCCUGCUCCCAUUUCUCCUGACAACGCUCCGACGCCUUCGCCUCCAGCUGCGGAGCAGCGUGAAACUGUGAAGCCUAAGAAGAAGCGUGUGGUCGUUGCCGAUUUGAAUGAGCACACCCUGCUAUCUCAACUUGCCACGGUCCCGGACCUCGACCCCGAGUACAUUUCCUUCCUUACGCAUUACUUCAAUGAAGUCAAUGAAAAGGCUGUGAGCACCGCUAUCACAAUUAGCGCACUGGAGAAGAAGGUCAUCGACUCUUCUGCGAAGGCGGACCAGCAUUGCAAGGAACGUAUGACGGCUCAGAAAGAAUGUGUUGAGCAGAAGCGGGUUGCUGGUGAGCUCUCGAAGAAGGUUGCCGCAUUGGAGGAAGAGGCCGUGGCCGCUAGGCGCUUGGUCGCGGAACAGACGACAAAGAUCUCUACCUUCGGGACUCUGCAGACGGGAUAUGCCAAGUUGUCCGCAGAGGCUACCGCUAUGAGACAGAGCGAUGCUGUUAACAGGCAGAAAGUCGAAAAGCUGCAGCACGAUCUGAAUAUUAAGCGCGACCAGGUGGAGGCUGCCCAUCUCGAAAUAAGCAAUCUUCGAUCGGUUGUUAACGCACAGGAGAAAGAAUUGGCUAAGGUCGCCGAGGAAGUUGCUUCGAAGAACACCAAGCUGAUCGCUCUGCAAUCGGAGUUCGAGGAGAUUCAACUGCUUGCCAGGGAUGCCGUCGCCAAGAACGACGUAGCCGCGGCCGGUGUGCUGAUGAACAAUGCGUCCGGCGUGAACGAGGAACUGCAGGAGAAGGAAGCUAACUGGAUGGCUGAACGGGCUCGACUCGAGCAAGUGAUCACUCGCCUCCAGCAGGAAAUCGCCCGCUUUGAAGAGAGGAAAGCUCAUACUGAUCGGCUAGAGCGCGAUUUGCGUGAAGCCGAGAAGAAAAAUGAUGCUCUGCAGAAGACUGUCGACAAGCUAACAUCGGAAAUCGAAAGCGUCAAGGCUUUGCAGGACGAGAACAAGCGCCUCGUCGCGAAGAAUGAAGAGCUCCGUGAACGGAAUAUGGCUGUCCUGGCGCAUUUCGAAUCGUCCGAGGCAUCGCAGAAGGUUGUCCACUCGGCUCAAUCGUCUGAGAAGCCGCCGUCGAAAGCUUCUGUUGGUGCUUCUCCUGCCAAGGCUACGAAGGCGGACUCGCCGGCCGCUCACACGGGCUCCAAUGCUUCGCAGCCGUCAUACAAGACCUACGAGCCUCCCUCUGACUUUGCCACGUCGGGCACUCUCUUGACUGACUCUCUUGACUGGUCGGUCUCGCCCCAGAACUCUUCGCGUGCCAAUCUGAAGACCAACAAGACGCAGGGUUCGGAUGCUCCCAGUGUCACUGACUGGACCGUUUCCCCCCAGAACGCUUCGCCUGCCAAUCUGAAGACCGACAAGACGCAGAGUUCGGACGCGCCCAGUAUCACUGACUGGACCGUUUCCCCCCAGAACUCUUCGCGCUCCAAUCUGAAGGCUGACAAGACGCAGAAUUCGGAUGCUCCCACCAGCAUCACUGCUCCCAGUAUCACUGACUGGUCCGUCUCCUCCCAGAACUCGUCGCGCCACAAUCUGAAGACCGACAAGUCGCAGAGUUCGGACGUUCGCAGCAUCACCGCUCCCAGCCCCACUGACUGGACCAUUUCCCCCCAGAUUUUGGACACUGCCAGCACCACUGCUCCCAGCAUCACGGACUGGUCGGUCUCGCCACAGAACUCGUCGCGUUCCAAUCUGAGGACCAACACAACGCAGGGUUCGAACGCUUCCAGUGACUUCGCCCAUGCGUUGAACCUGGUGGGAAGGCUCGAACAGUUUUGGGACGCCCAUUCGUCGAAUGUCGAUAGCACUGCCACCCGUCUGGAGCGCCAUAUCUUGAAGAACCGU